AUGAUUAUAGGAAAAGAUUACACUAGAGUAAACCAUUUACUACCAUUGAAAGAAGAUUUUGAGGAUAGUUACGAAGAAUUUUUAAAUCCAACAACAAUCACUAGUUUUGCCGCUGCAGCCUUCAGAGCGUUCCACAGCAAUAUACAAGGAUUCAUAGAGUAACAAUAUUAUACUGUUAAAUUAAUUUAGAAAAUUUUGAAAUAAUUGUUUCUUAUAUUGAGGGAUUUGUAGUUUAAAGUUUAUUUAAAUUCAUUUUUUUCUCAUUCGCCAAUCACCACGUAGGUGCAACUCUUAUGCUUACCCCUUCACAUCUCCUUAUAGUAAAUCACCAUUACUGCAUUUAAUAUACAAACAGUAGUAUAUUGAUUUUAAAAUGAUUUUUUUUUUUUUUUAAAAAAAAAAAAAAAAAGAUUAGUCAACGAAGCCCGGCAAACUACGUCAACAAUACGUCUAAGAGAUUACUAUUUUAAAACUGACAUAGUUCACGGAAACGAUAAUUAUAACAGCUUUGUCAGAGGAUUGCUUACUCAACCGUCCCAAGAACUAGAUCAAUUAUACACAGAAGAGGUAAGUAUACUUAAAAAACUUAUAAUAUUAUUUUUGACAGUGUAUAAAAAAACCUUAGACAAUUAAACACUGAGAUGAAAAAAAAACCACAAAAAUUCACGCAUUGUAAUAAUAUAUUAUAAUAAUAUCAUUUAUUAUUUUAACACAUAAUUUUUUUUUUCAAGAAUAUCGAUGCUUUGGCCAAAUUAUAUGAACACGUGGACGACAUUGAUUUUUACGCUGCCGGUAUUUUAGAAAAACCGAAAGAUGGAGCGCCAUGGUAG